AUGGAAACUAAGAAUGCAGUUCAACUCAAUGACACCAUCUUCUUCAAAACAAUAGCUUCCGGUAGCAUUGCAAAGAUUCACAAACUUUUGAGACUGUGUGAUCAGAAGACUACACACUUUUCUAGCCACGCCUUAAAUUGGGCUGUUUUUGAGGCUUGUAAUAUAGGUUACAACCAUCUACUUCAGUUUGUCCUCCAAGAUGGCACCCGAUUAGAAAUCAGAGACGACAACGGAAACUCUCCUCUUAUGAUUUGCUCCGCGAAAGGUUUUCCAGGCAUUGUGGGUAAGCUCUUGAGGCUGGGCGCUGAUGUGAAUGCUAAAAAUAGCAACGGCGAUACACCACUUAUGCUUGCUACGUCAAGGGAAGUAAUUGAGUUACUACUACAAAACAGACGCUUGCAUUUAGAUGAACAAAACUCGACUGGGAACACUGCUUUAAUGUCAGCCAUCGAGACAACUCAUCUCCAGAAGGUUAAAUUGCUGAUCAAUGCUGGAGCUAACCCGAACAGACAAGUCGGGGAAUGCCCACAAAGUAGCUCGUUUUCGUUGUCUGGUUUCCUUAUCAACAAUGAAGGCGAAAGUGCUUUCGAUGUGUCCAAAAGAAUGGGAUUCGGUAAACUGCUGGAGUUCCUGAAUCGUGCCAAAUUGGUCAACUUAAAUCCUUUGCAGUUGGCAGCUGUUAAAAAUGACUUUGAUUCCUGCAUCACGUUGCUGAAGUAUAAAUUAUGUGAUAGAGAAGAAACUCAAAAUCUUCGGCCUGACAUCCUCUGUUAUGUUUUAAAACAUAUACAGCAAAGGGACGCUAUUCUUUCAUCAGACAUUGAGUUUGUUCGAGAGUUAUGCAGACUUGGCAUGGAUGUCAAUAGAUGUCAGUGCUGCGCAAAAUCACUCAUUGAGCUCGUGCUGAACAUCGGAAGCUACAAACUCGCAAAAAUUCUUUGUGCCUAUGGCGCUACGGUCACCCACGACGAUCUGGUGUCCGCUGUUAAGGGACAACACUUACAAAUGCUUCAACUUCUCCUAAACCAUGGGGCACCCGUUAACAAAUACCACCAUCGAGGCUACGUGACUUACAAGGAUUCAGCUCUUGAUGCAGCAUUGGAGAGCUCUUUUACGAGUGCUGCCAGCGUCCUUCUUGACCACGGUGCUGAGCUCGAAGCCGAUUGCGCUGUCACUCAAGCCUUAAGAAGCAAGAACACGAAGACGCUCAACUUUCUCUUAACCGAAUGUGGUGAAGAGACCAGAGCUGAGAUAGCAACACCAGAAACGUUAAUACAAGCUGUAAAGCUAGGAGACAUUCAGCUCAUCCAGCUACUGUUAGACGCAGGGGCGUACAUUGAUGGGGUCCACGACGAUAAAACUCCUCUAAUGAGCGCUGUCCACAUAGAGGUCAUCGAAUUUUUAUUAAGCAAAGGAGCCGAUGUGAAUUUCACAACUUCUACCACAGCUAUAAUCAACGCGUUAUUUGGGGAUUAUUUCAACGAUAUCAACUUGACAUUUCGACCUAAGCUGAACUCAAAUGAGAUGGAUCAACACAUAAUCCAUGUGAUUGAAGUUUUUCUCAAAAAUGGCGCCAAUUUGGAAGACAACGAUUAUCAUGGAAAUACAGCUUUAAUAAAAUCCGCUCAAGGUAGCUUCAGUAUAGAGGUUCUCAAAUAUUUACUGGACAAGGGAGCUGACGUAAAUCAAAAAGAUUGUUUGGGAUUAACGGCAUUGCACAAUGCAGCAACAGAGAGUCACAAAUUAGAUUUCGUGGAAGUUUUAUUGGAGUACAAUGUUCCUGUGAACCUGAAAAGUAACGAAGGGCUAACCCCACUACACCAGGCUGUGAGAGAUGUAAAUACUGUUCGAUUUUUUCUGGAAAAUCAAGCAAAUGUAAAUGCUGAUGAUUUCUAUGGGGACACACCACUGUCGCUUGCAUCAGCAAGUCAUGGAGACUUAUGGGAAGUUGUCCAACUUCUGAUAGCCUCUGGCUCCGAUAUCAACAACAGAAACACUUCUGGCAUGUCUCCAGUAUGGCUAGCUGCUCAAAAUUACAACUUAAAAUGCCUGCAAUUGUUAAUCGAUGCUAAAGCUGAUUUAGGUCCCAAUUAUCAGCAAAAGAAAUCUUCGUUGUCAAUACAUGGAGCUAGUGUUGAAUUUGUCAAACGAGAUAUCAUUCAUCGCCUUAUCGCUGCUGGUAGUGAUGGCACUCUGAUUCAAAGGCUAAUUAAAAUAGGCUUUUGUCCUACAGACAUACUUCUAAAGAGCACUAUCUUUGGCUGGCCUAAGACUUCUGUAUCGCCACUCGCAGUUUCCUUAAUUUUAGACAGCGUUGACAUUGCCCGCUUUUUUAUUGACAAUUGGUAUCUAACAAAAUCAGACAUCAACAUUUUAUCCAGAAACAAAAAGAUUUUGAGCUGUUCACAACUACGUGAAACUAGAGCUCUUCCUUAUUUGGAGGAAGUUUCCCGCCAGCCAAUGAGGUUGGAGCUUUUGUGCUUCAUAACUGUCUCGUCUGCUUUAGGUUCAGACCGAGGCAGACGUCAAAGGAUUCUUAACUCUAAACUCCCAGUCCUAUUUCAGGAUAAACUCUUGUUCUCGAAACUAGAGGUCAAGGUCCUUGAAGCAGUGGCUGGUGGAGGAAUAUUCUUUCUUUAUGAACUAAAAAAAAACAAAAUUCUGACUUGCUGA